AGGAAUGCGCUGGGAUGCGGAGCAGCAGCGACUGUAGGAGACGACAACUCGCACACUAUGGACAGCAAUGAUCCAUAUUUACACAUCAAUUCAACUGGGCCAAUGAGUGCAGGCCACACUCAUCCUCCUUCCAUGGGCAGCAUGAUGGCCCCCCCCUCAGUCAUCAGCGCCUCCAGGCCUUUAUCGUCCCCCAUGUCCACCCUGGGCUCGCCAAUGAAUGGGCUGGCGUCGCCCUAUCCCGUCAUCACGUCAUCUCUGGGAUCACCUUCUGUACCGCUGCAGUCUGCACCCAACAUGAACUUUGGACCCCUCAACAGCCCGCAGAUGAACUCUAUGAACAGUGUCAGCAGCUCAGAGGACAUCAAGCCCCCACUGGGCCUGCAGCCUCUAGGAAACAUCAACUACCAGUGUCCAAGCCCGGGAGGGAUGUCGAAACACAUCUGUGCUAUUUGUGGGGAUCGCUCCUCAGGAAAGCACUACGGUGUGUACAGCUGUGAAGGCUGCAAAGGCUUCUUCAAGCGCACCGUCCGUAAAGAUCUCACCUACACGUGUCGAGACAACAAAGAGUGCCUAAUAGAUAAACGCCAGAGAAACCGCUGCCAGUACUGUCGCUAUCAGAAGUGCCUGGCUAUGGGCAUGAAGAGAGAAGCUGUGCAGGAAGAGCGGCAGCGUGGGAAGGAACGUGGGGAGAAUGAGGUGGAAUCCACCAGCGGCUUUAACGAGGACAUGCCCGUGGACAAGAUCCUGGACGCUGAGCUGGCAGUGGAGCCCAAAACAGAGAUGUACAGCGAGGGCAGUCCUAGCAACUCUACCAACGACCCCGUCACCAACAUCUGCCAAGCAGCAGACAAACAGCUCUUCACCUUGGUGGAGUGGGCCAAAAGGAUCCCCCACUUCUCUGAACUCCCUCUAGAUGACCAAGUCAUCCUCCUACGAGCCGGGUGGAACGAGCUGCUCAUCGCCUCUUUCUCACAUCGCUCAGUCACAGUUAAAGAUGGCAUCCUGCUGGCCACGGGUCUUCAUGUCCACAGAAGCAGUGCUCACAGUGCAGGAGUGGGCUCCAUCUUUGACAGGGUCCUGACAGAGCUGGUUUCUAAAAUGAAGGACAUGCAGAUGGACAAGACAGAACUCGGCUGCCUGCGAGCCAUCGUCCUGUUCAACCCAGAUGCUAAAGGUUUAUCGAACCCCUCAGAGGUGGAGGCGCUAAGAGAAAAAGUCUACGCUUCGCUGGAGUCGUAUACGAAACAGAAGUACCCCGACCAGCCUGGCAGGUUUGCUAAACUGCUGCUCCGCCUCCCUGCUCUGCGCUCCAUCGGACUCAAGUGUCUGGAGCAUCUCUUCUUCUUCAAGCUAAUCGGGGACACGCCCAUCGACACCUUCCUGAUGGAGAUGCUGGAGGCUCCACAUCAGAUCACAUGACACCCAGUCCC